AUGAAACCCGCUCCUAUAUCAGAAGUUGAAAAUAUAUGUAGAGGUUUCGUAUCGAAUUUUUUAUCUGAAAAUUCAUCUAGGUUACCAUAUGGAUUGUUAUAUGCAAUGGACUGGAAAGAAGAUGUGAAUAGACUUGAAGAAGUUACAUUAAAAUUUUUAGGAACUUUAAAACAAGUUUGGCAGAAUCCGGCUUUCCGUCCAGAAUUUCUUGCUACAAUACUUAUUUUUGAACGGCAGAGUUUAGCAAGUGCCGAUAGAAGAGGGUAUUGGAAAGUAGGAAGGCGGCCUGAUAUUAUGUUUUUAAGUAAAGAAGAUGAUAAAUUUUAUGAAUUAAUGUAUACAGAAUGUUCCAAGGUUAUUUGUACUAAACAAAAAGAAGAGGAAGAUGAUGGGAUUCAGCAACAAAUAAUUACACCCAUUUCAAAAAAACUUUUUAUUCCAAAAUUGGAAUCUAUGAAGUCUUUACUUUGGAAAUUGCCAAUUAACAAAAAAACCAAUAUUUCUGAGAGUGAUGACAUUUAUUUAAAAAUUUAUGCAACUGGCACAUUAUCAAAUGAUGAAAUUGUAUAUACUACUAGCAGAUUUCAUGGUAAGAUAAAUAUGUUAGCUGAAAUUUCAUUUUCAUUUAAUCAGUCUGUUUUGCCUGUUGUAUUAGUAUGUUGGUGUGAUUAUUGUUCUAAAAGACAUUCUCUAAAAUAUGGAUGCCCUCAUAUGAAAUUAGUAAAACAUUAUGAUGUAAUCCCAUUUAAUUCUAUGCAGGAUUGA